AUGGCAGAACCCAUCACAAUAAUAAGUGCUCUAGCGACCAUCAUCGGCGUGACCAUUACCACCUCUAUCCAACUCACCAACCUCUUCUCUUCCAUCCGCGAUGCGCCAAAAGAGAUUCUUGGACUGUACCUCGAGCUACAGUCGAUACAGUCUGUAAUCUUAGACAUUCAGAGGUCCUUUGAGAGUGGGGGUGUAUCUGAUUCUGUUCCCAAUGAAUGGAUUGAGGAUCUGGACUUGACAUUGCGCGGUUGCGCUGAUGUUCUUGCUGAGCUUACGACUUUAAUCAAUAAAUUAAAGAGUAACAUGCAAACUGGCUGGUAUAAAAGAACGUGGAAAGGCGUCAAGUGGACGUUUCUAGAGAGGGAUGUCAAGGUUUUAACGACAAGACUAGAGAGCUUCAAAAGUACAUUAGGUUUGAAAAUGCAAGCAUUGUCCACUAUAAUUAAUGUCCGUGUUGAAGGACGCGUUGAUCAGCUUCAUGAUGGCGUGGGUGAGAUACGUGACAUGCUUGAUCGCUUGGUAUCAUCAGAGCCAACCGUGGAAGAUUCAGGAAGAAUUUCCUUGGAGAGUAACAUUAAUGGAGCUCCUGGCUAUGUUCCUACUUCUCCCGCUCAAAGCUCAGGUUUUCGCUCAGCCUCUUCUCUACAAAAUUCUCCUCCAACCUAUUGGAGCCUCUUUUCCACUUUGUGGAAGAGUGGGGCAAGCAAAAAUAUGCCAAAUCAAUACUCAUUUGAGGACCCCUCGAGUUCAUAUAUCCAAUUACAACGGAAGACGAUUAUUGAUCCCCACCAGAACCUAUACCCUGUGGUUUCAUCGCAACAGUCUCCAAAACAAGAGGAUAGACACACAAGACGUCUAUCUGAAGCGUUCCUACCACGCUUGGGUACCAAUAAUGAUGAGGAUUACUUGGUCUCUGUCGGUAUUAGAUUUGGCUCAAACUCUAGCAGCGCAGUUUAUCUGGUUAGCUGCCUAAAUGAGAAUUUCGCUAGUGAUGCGAUAGAUGAGCGGCCAAGCUUGAGCGAUCGAUUGGUCAGUAAGACCCCAAUCGUGCUUUCUUACAAUCAUGGCGGGCAACUGGCGGGCUGGGUUCAUGAUACGGCAAAUUCCUUAGACUCGGAUGGAGUACCAAGAUCAGGGAUGCAACGGGUAUCUACAUUAUAUUCAAAUGUAACAAGCUGGAAGCCAUGGACUACUCCCGCCACUCUCCCGCACGGAAAGCAGCAAACUGAUCUUGCUAUUGGAUACCUUCUGAAACUCCGCGAAGCGAUAUAUUUAGACCUAUACAGAGAUUUUGGCUAUGGAUUUCGUCCUAAGAUGACUUACCACCUUAUCGCUCAUGUAGCUCUCAAUGAUGCCGAAAAAGAAAGUAUAAGAUCUGCAAUGAUGCAAUUAGGGUUUCUAGAAGACACAAAGAAUUUACGGCUAACAAUGGUUACUGAGCCCGAGGCCGCAAUCACAAAUCUCCUCAACGCAAGAUCAAUGGGCCUUGAGAUCCACCAUGCUGUGCUUACAAUUAGCUUUGGAGGUGAUAGGGUCGAUCUUAUCGCCUACCAAGUGACCGAAGGGAUUAUAGUACCGUGUACUUAUAGAUCUGGCGACACUUCUGGAUCUAAAUCACCACGGAAUAGAUUCACAACCCUCGUCCAAGAUAAGAUUACAUCAAUGAGAAUCCAUGAGCAAUCGGCAGAAAGGGUUUUCUCAAAAUGCAUGUUGCACUUUGAGAAUGAGAUCAAUGAGAAUUUCAGUAACUGUGGACGGAGCUGGCGUGUGAAUCUUUCAACAGAGGGCAAAUUCUUCAGGGCAGGGGUAAUUGAUCAAGACGGGUUUAUGACAUUCACAAAUGCAGAGAUUUUACAGUGCUUCGACCCGCUUUGCGAGCGAACGAUGGACCUAGCGAGGGCUCAGAUAACAAGCAUCGAACACCAAGGCUUGAAGCUGGAGGGUGUUCUGUUCAUGGGUGAAUUAGCAAAACCCGGUUAUCUUGAGAAGACCGUUGAGUCCAACUUAAAAAAGGAAUAUCCGCACUGUUUUUUUUCACCUGUAGAUUCAUGUGCGGCCAUCGCAGAUGGAGCGGCAAGGGCAGGCCUGAUGUCAGAGAUGCGCCGAUAG